AUGUCACUUGCUGCAGAAGAGCUACCGCCCAGUCAUGAGUUGAUCUUCUGCUACAAGGACCUCGACGACUUGCUGGAUGCAAAACUCAUCAUGUCGUUUGCUUUAAGAAUUUGCAAGCAACAGGGCCAAGCCUUCCUGGCACAUGUCUUCACUGCCUGGACCACGGCGAUGCGUAGCCUUCCACGCAGCGAGGUGAAUGCUAUGCCAGACCGUCUGUCAUGGGGGGAUGAAACAAGCUUCCUGACCCGCUGCUUGAACCUCCUUGACGCAAUUGACGAUGACGCGGAAGACUAUGCUCGUCCUCGUGGCACGGCCGGCUUGGAGGCGGCGACUGACUUCCACGACGGGGACUUGCCUGGGUGUUCCUUCAUUAGGUUUCUUCACCAGACAUGUGCAGGUGCGACGAUCGAUCUGGUCAGGGAGAAGAUGGAUGUUGCCACAGUGGAGAGAUCCUUUUCUAAGUUUCCAACUGAGACGGUUAAACGCAAGCUUUGGACUCUCGUGAAGGGGCGGAAGUCGACAGGCGUCUGCGGAGGUCUCUGGUGCGGGCUUGGAGCGGAACUGCUGAUGGCACUCAUCCAGAAGGGCCUGCCGAGAUGGUGUUGGGCUGGCUGCAUAGGCCCAUUCAGCGACAACCUUCUCCAGCAUAUCAUUGAGCCAGCCAACCGCGCCGCAGCAAUGGACGGGAAAGAGGACGCUGAAGGGAGGCUUUGCAUCCUUCUGGCUCGCAGAUUCAGUCUGGAAGAGCUGUGCCAUCAGAACCAGGAUGGCAGAAAUGCUUUGUCCUAUGCUGAAGAGUUCGCCGACCACUGCGCAGAUGGCGGCGGGCCUAUGGUCGAAGACCGGAAUGCAGAUGUGUGGAUCGAAGUGCGUGAUGUGAUCCGCGAGGAGAUGGAGGCUCGCACGCGCGCUUUUCAGGGCGAUCUCCUGAAGCUCGUGGAGCUCGCGCGAAGGGCGAGAGCGGGCCUUGGUGGUGAAGCUGACUCCCUCGACUCACUCCCAGCUUUCGACGAGGAAAUCUGGCGACGGAGCGCGGCUCUUCGUGAUGAGUGGUGGAGGAUGGGUUGGAGGUUCCGUGCAGACACGAGAGGGAGCCAGAUCACGGAGGUGCUGAAUUGGCAUCUCCAAGCCGUGGGGCGCGGCAUCCGAUGA